CGCGUCUCGGGGACCAGGACCCCAUCAAUGUGUGGUAAGGCGCCGAAAGGGGCGUUGUGGUAGCCGAGGAUAUCGAGGCCAACCUAAGGAGUAAGGUAUAUGUACGAACCUUACCCCCAGUUAUUUAUAUGCAACAAUUUAGCGGCACCAACGUCCCCGAUUUCCCUCUUUGACAGACCCCGAGCACACCUGAGCAAACUAAAAGCCUAUGAGAGGCACGACAAGAUAUAGGAGGUUCACGAGGCUCUAGUGACAGGCUCUGGGAACUUUGCGAACAGUGUGCGGCGACAGAAGCAAGGGAAAGAAAGGAAUUCCGACCAUGGCGUGGCCACCACUCAAAGACCGCUUAUUGAGUUUGCUUGACCCGGGCUAUCUUCUCUACCACAGUGCCCGAGCCUUCUUCAUUCACGCCUUCCGAUCCUUCAUUCUCGGAGGCAAUUUCCCCACGUCUCUCAAACUCAAGCAGGUUAGAGACGACGCCUUCUCGGAUUUCUGGACAAAGGUGACUGCCCCCGUCGACCCACCACCACCGCCGGCAGGAUCAGCAACACUGGUUCCGCCCAUCUUAUCUCGCGCCCACGGCGUCGUCCUGGACAUUGGCCCUGGAUCCGGUUCUCACGUCUCCUGUUUCUCCGACAAUGCCAAUAUAACAGCUAUAUACGGCGCAGAGCCGACGCUAGGUCUCCACGCGCCAUUGCAGCAGCGGAUCUACGAAGCCAAACUCACAGAUAGGUACCACGUCCUGGGGUGCACCGCCGAUAAGAAGGAAUUGCUCUCCGCGCUUGAAAAGCAAGGCGUCAAGCCGUCAUCGGAUGAAAUCUUCGAUACCAUUGUAUGUGUCCGAGUGCUUUGUUCUGUGCCGAACCUGGACGACGCAGUGCGCGAGUUGUACUCUCUUCUCCGACCUGGGGGAGAAUUGAUGGUCGUUGAGCACAUCAGGAAUCCUUGGACCAAGAAUGGAAGUGUUCUGGGCAGGUUUAUGCAGAUAUUGUACACAGUCCUCGGGUGGACGUUCUUCCUGGCUGGUUGCGAAAUGGGUCGGGAUACUGCUUCAUCGUUGAAGAAGGCCGGGCAGUGGGAGGCGGUGGAGUUGAAGACGAAUUUCGAGUGGUCGGCUUUGCCAUAUCUCUCGGGCACGUUGACGAAAGUGAAGUAGUGGAUUGUUUGGUAUGGCAAUGCGCGCACUUGCAUGCGAAUCUGCCCAAGCGAAGAAAGAUUGGUCAAAGGAUGUCUCUUUGAGGAAACCGGGUGAUCUGCAGCCGAUCGAACAUCACAAUUGUCUCGAAUCGCCCUGGACUUCUGGUAUGGGACGACUCGUAUGUGGGUCCAUUACCCAGAAUCCAUCUUGGCCCGUUGUCCCCGAAUAGAUGUCUCUCAUAUGCUGUGUAUCGGUUUGCGUUGCAGUCUUCUCUUCAUUGAAGUCGUCUGUUGAUGCUUGGACCGCUCUAUCUGUCAUCAACCUCCUC